AUGAAAGAUGGAGUAAGGAAAGUGAAGAUGUACGGAGAACUGUGUUUUCAGAUUGGUUUUAUACACAGAGAUAUCAAACCAGCAAAUAUGGCCAUUGGAAGAAUUGGAUCACCAGAAUACAGAUUCAUCCAUAUUUUGGAUUUUGGUCUAGCACGAGAAUUCGUGGUUCAUGGUGGAGAAGGGAAGCUGAAAAUGAGACGACCGCGCCAAAGAGCACUUUUCAGAGUGAAUAUUAAUAUUCACGUGACGAUGCGCAAUUACAAUGCAAAACUGCCUUCCGUGGCAUGGGUGGAAUGCACAAAGUUUCCCUAG